GCUCCCCUCUCAGUCAUGGCCAUCGCUCUGGACUGGCUGCUCCUGAUCACCCUAGUCAGUGGUUGCCUGGCACUGUGGCCUCCUCAGGUAGUGUCUCCCACUGGUGGUCUCUUGCCGCAGUCCCCGCCAGCCACCUUGGCUCCACCGCCCACUCUGUCCCAGGAUCUGGAAGAAAUCCAGCGUCUGAUCCAGUCAAAACCUUUGAACCAGCUCUUGGCGCGCUACCUAAUCAACGAUGCCCAGUUCCAGGCCUUCGUGCGGAUCAUCAACAGCAAUGUCGCAGUCACGGCCCGCUGGCGUCUGCUCUCCCAGCCGGAGCUCAUCAUCUUUCUGCAGUGGACAAACCAGCAACUCCUGGCCUCGGGCGAUUCAUUUGAGUUGAAUGAGCAGAGGCUCAAAGUGAGUCUAUUGAACGAGUUUCCCUACUGGUCCGGCACUGUAUUCGGAUUACAAGGAUUCCUGAACGAGGCUCAGCUCUACUUUCCACUGUAUGCCAUCCGGGCGCACAUCGACGCCAAGGUGCUGCAGCAGGGAAUAUUCGCUCAGUUCUGGUCAAGAUUACAGGGUUUGAGGGUGAUGUAUGAACGCUGGCUAAAUUCAGUGGAAACUACCCAAGUUCUGGCCGAACUUCAAAAGGCGGGCAUUGAUACCGUCCAAUUGGAUGGCAUCAUCCGAGAGCUUCUCGGCUGGAAUGCGGUGAAUGGUACGGCAGAAGCCUCCACUGCUGCACCUGGAAUUCCCGCUGCCCCCACCGUAAUACCGGGUGUAGUUUUGCCACCAGUUAACAUUGUUCCUGUGGUUGUGUAGGCUGCCAUAACACAGUGAUGGAGAGCCACCCAUUCCUAGGAAGGAUUCCAUAUAUAACCACUAUAUCAACUAGGUAAAAUAAAGCGCACUCGUAUGUCAAUACCCGAAUGGUAAGAGUUGCACAAUAUUUAUAAAAAUAAAUGGGGGACUAACUAUUAUA